UUUUCUGACACAGGCAGCAGAAAAGAACAUGUUAAAAUCACAAGUGAGUCCAAACCAGGGUUCCUGGAGAGGCUCAGCGAGACUUCUGGAGGCAUGUUGAUGGGACUGGUGACGUUUCUUCUGUCUUUCUAUCUUCUUUUUACCAAUGAAGGACGAGCUUUAAGGACAGCCAAAUCUCUUGAUGAGGGACUUUCUCUUGUGAUCCCUCUUGACAGCAUCCACAGUGUGUCUCAGCAGAAUGAAGGGAGACUGGUGCACUUAGCUGGCGCUCUCAGUACAUCUAAGCCUUUGUUUGAUCCCAGCUAUGGGCUCUCCAUCCAGGCUGUCAAACUUAAGCGUAAUGUGGAAAUGUACCAGUGGGUAGAGUAUGAAGAUUCCACGGAAUAUGAAGAGAAUGGUGAGAUUAAGAAAGAGACAAAGUAUUCAUACAAUACUGAGUGGAAAUCGGAAGUUGUAAACAGCAGGAACUUUGAUCGGGAAAUUGGACACAAAAAUCCUAGUGCCAUGGCUGUGGAGUCCUUCACUGCUGUUUCUCCUAAUGUCCAGGUUGGCAGCUUUGUUCUUUCCAAGGGUCUUGUGGAUAAAAUUGAUGACUUCAAGCAGUUGAGCUUAUCAGACCUUGAGGACCCACAUGCUGAUGUUACCCGAGGAGGAGAUUACUUUUACCACAGCGAGAACCCCAGGCGUCCAGAAGUAGGAGACCUUCGUGUUUCGUUCUUCUACGCAGGUCUGAGCGGAGAUGACCCCCAUUUGGGCCCUGCUGAUAAGGUGACUGUGAUUGCUCGCCAGCGAGGUGAUCAACUGGUUCCAUAUCACACCAAGUCUGGAGAUGUCCUGCAGAUUCUCUACCCUGGAGAGCUCUCUGUGGAGGAGGUGUUUCAGAAAGAGCAUGAAAGUAACACCAUGAAGACCUGGGCCCUCCGUGCAGCAGGCUGGCUGGCAAUGUUUGUGGGCAUCAGCCUAAUGACCCGAAUCUUUUACACUUUGGUGGACUGGUUUCCUGUUGUCAGAGAUCUGGUUAACAUUGGAUUAAAAGCGUUUGCCUUCUGCGUAGCCAGUUCGCUGUCGCUCCUCACCAUCUCCAUCGGCUGGCUCUUCUACCGCCCUCUCUGGGCUUUGCUGAUCGGGUUGCUCUCAGUAGUUCCAAUUGUGGUUGCGAAAUCUCGUGUUCCACCAAAGAAGCAGCAGUGA